GUCCCGUGUACAUACCUUAGCUUACUAGGCCGAGACUGUAAAACAUUACCUAGAAUCCUCAACAAACAAACCCGUCUGUCGCCGACAACCGAUCAAGGUCCCGAGCCCUGCAGAAACGGAUUCGGAUCGUUCUUGUUCGGUUCGGAUGGCUCGGGGGGCCAGUCAAUUCGGAGCGAUAGCGAGAUUACGGCCAACGACGCGGUUCCCGGCUCUGCCUUCCCCGGGCUUGCUCUCGACGCCGACGCCUUUCGAUUGCUGAUACUCGAAUCGAGAGAUUUUCACGCUUCUUUCUCAAAAGAAUAUGCUUCGAGCGCGGCAUUCCCGCUCCCCAGACUGUGCAUCGUAGUCUGCUGAAGAUGAGGGUUGGGAUUCGGGAGCAGCUCGCAGCCCUCGUCGUCUUUGCCAUCCUCGUCGCGCUCGCAGUCGUCUCCAUCCCCGUAUGGCUCUAUGUCAAUGACUUUGUGGUUGGCGUCGAGUCGGGCGGUCUGUCCUUGACUGCCUCACUCAAGGCCGCACGCAUCUCGUCAGAACUCGACCUGAUCCAAACAAUCUGCACGACUCUUUCGAGCCGCUUGUUGCUGCAGAACGCCUUUCGGGAUUUCUAUAAUGCUAGCAUUCACAAUGAGAGUACCGACAGCCUUUGGACCCAAGCCCGAGAAGACAUCGCCAGCGCUUUCAGCCGCGCCGGUAACGCCGGUCUGCUUCAGGCUCGUCUGUACUCGCGCAAUUCGACCGGCGACCCCAAGGGAAUUCUCAGCCUGACCGGCAAUCUCAACGAGUCCGGCUCAGUCCUGUUGCCCUAUAAGACACCCGAUGGCGACCCAGUUUAUUUGGGCGAUCCCGAGUAUGGCUACCCGCCGUCGCUGUAUCCCAACAUCACCUACGUCAACUUGAACCGCCCGAACGAUUACAUGCCCAACACACCGGCCUAUUCGGCCACUGUUUUCCCCGGAGUGUCCCUGGGCAACGGGAGCAACGGAAACGGCAUCCUGCUUGGCCCGUUGGUCGUCAACUCGACGUUCGCCCUGAUUUCCGUCACCAUCCCCGUCCGCAUGAAUGGAAACACCGGCUUUAUCCUCGGAUACAUGACCCUCGUUGCUACUUCCAAAUCCUUGAUUGAGGUACAGCUUUCCGACGAAGGCCUCGGCCGUACCGGCAUCGUACUCUUUGUCGGUCCGACAAAUCCUUGGAAUCAUUUCAGCGCCGGUAUGACCGUGAGCAACGCAACCUGGACCCCGCCGAGAGACAAAUUUGAGCUAGAGACGGUGCGGUUCCUCCUCCCACCUGAACCCUUGAACGGUCAGCCAGACCGGCACGAUCAGCACAGCUUCGCUUCUGGCAAAUUCAGCAAUCCUUUCCAGCUUCGCCAGUAUCCCGCCGUGCUCGAUGUCUUGAUGAAGCAGAAUCCGGUUCCAAACAAUGCCACAAGCGACCUGUCGACGACCAAUGAACAAGGGUACGCGGUAGCCGUGGGCGUUGCCCGGCCGCAAACAUCGCUGGCAUCCUGGGCUGUCGUCGUCGAGCAGGAUCGGAGUGAGGCAUACGAGCCGAUUCAGACCCUGCGGAAUAUUCUCCUUGGCUGCGUCUUCGGCACUCUCGGCUUGGCCUUGGUCUUCGUCCUCCCCUGUGCUCACUUGUCCGUCAAGCCGAUCAGGCGUUUGAAAGCGGCCACUGAGAAGUCCAUAGCGCCGCCGGGCUAUGAGGACGACGAAGACGAGUCGGUGGAUGAGGAGAACCCCAGCUCGGGCGGUACUACAUCCGGGAGAGGAUCCGACCUAGGCGUUAUUGGCAGGAUCCGUCGCCAUAUCCGUAGGAGACGGAGGGCGAAAUUGAGGCAAGGGAUCGCCACGGACCCAAGCCGUCGGUCGUUCAAAAUACCAGCUAGGGUCCAGGACCGCAAGCAUUUCGUGACCGACGAGCUGACGGAGCUCACCCAAACUUUCAACGAGAUGACGGACGAGCUGCUAAAGCAGUACACCUCGCUAGACGAAAAAGUUGCUGAGCGAACCAGGGAACUCGAGCUCAGCAAGAAAGCUGCCGAGGCCGCAAACGAAAGCAAGACACUGUUCAUUGCCAACAUCUCUCACGAGCUUAAGACGCCCCUGAAUGGAAUUAUGGGCAUGUGUGCGGUGUGCAUGGAGGAAGAUGAUGUCAACAGGAUAAAACAGUCGCUGAAGACUGUUUACAGAUCGGGCGACCUGUUGCUCCAUCUACUCGAGGAUCUGCUCAGCUUCUCAAAGAAUCAGAUUGGGCAGCAAGUCAGGCUUGAGGAGCGAGAAUUCCGGCUGGGCGAUAUACCAUCCCAGAUAUUAGCCAUCUUUGACAAGCAGGUCCGCGAAGGCAAGAUCGCUUUCGCAGUCGACUUUGUCGGGGCCGAAAACCUAGAGCCCACUCCGACCUCUGAAGGGCGCACCAGCAUGGAUAAGAGGCUUCCGGCCCUAGGCCCUCUCGGGACUGGUAGGCUCAAAGAUAUGUGUCUCUGGGGUGACCAGCACCGGAUUCUGCAGGUCAUCAUCAACCUGGUCAGCAACAGCCUGAAGUUUACGCCGGCCGGAGGCAGGGUUGAAGUGAGGAUACGCUGUCUCGGCGAGACCGAGUCGUCAAGCGACGAGAGCAGGGCCUCAUCCUUUUCCAAGACGGGCUCGGGCCGUCAAGGGCGCCCCCGGCAUCGGAUCGGGUCGGGAUCCGCCAACUCGUUGAGCUCCAAGGGUGGCCAUUCACCGUCCUCUCCGCCCAAAGGAGGAACGGCCCUUUCCAUCAACCCUAUGGACCCAAAGCUUUCUACGCACGCUCACAGCAGGGAGCGGUCCCCUACGCCUCCGCCACCAAAUGCAAAGUCUUACCUUUUCGAAUUCGAAGUCGAAGAUACUGGGCCUGGGAUCCCUGAGAAUAUGCAACAGCAAAUCUUUGAGCCGUUUGUCCAGGGCGACCUUGGGCUGAGCAAGAAGUAUGGCGGCACCGGUCUUGGCUUAAGUAUAUGUUCGCAGUUGGCUACUCUCAUGGGAGGCAGUAUCUCGCUUAAAAGCACCGUGGGCGUUGGCUCGACUUUUACGAUGCAGAUUCCCCUCAGAUAUGUGAAGGAUCGUACCUCAAGCACAGCCUCCAGCAGCAUUCACUCGAGGCCUGGGAGCGUAGGCUCGAUAGACGGGGAGAACGUACGAAGCUCGAAGAUAUCGGCAGAGUUCCAGCACCAGCAGUCUUCCUCGGCCAUGCUUGAUAAGCAGCCGCGGCUAAUUGGCCUCAGCCAGCCCUUUUUCGCCACGAAUCCCGGGAGCCACAGACCUCGACUGAGCAAGGAAGACCAGAUGGCCGCCAUCGGCCGAGCCAUGGCAAACAAGUCGUGCCAGGGAAAGCUGCGGGUCCUGGUGGCCGAGGACAACCCAACCAACAUUGAGGUUGUCAGCCGAUUGCUGAAACUGGAGGACAUUUACGACGUCACCAUUGCCAAGGACGGCCAAGAAGCGUACGAACUGGUCAAGGCGGCCAUGGAGAACAAUCAGUUCUUUGACGUGAUUUUCAUGGACAUACAAAUGCCGAAUCUGGACGGUCUUCAGUCGACGCGCCUGAUCCGGAAGCUGGGUUACUCGGCUCCCAUUGUCGCGCUGACGGCCUUUUCCGAGGAAAGCAACGUCAAGGAGUGCAUAGAGUCCGGCAUGGACGAGUUCCUGAGCAAACCGAUCCGCCGACCGGCGCUGAAACAGGUUUUGAGGAAGUUCUCGACCAUUGAGGAAGAACCAGAGACGACAAGUAAAAAGACGACACCGGAUAAGACACCGCCAGGGCAGACGCCCGAGAGAGAAGCAAAGGAUCCCAUGGAAGAUGGGACAGCCACAGCAGGCGGCGGCGUGGUUAACGGCGCUCCCCUCUCACCUAUUUACUCGGAAAAAAUGGUGGAAUCACCACCGCUGACGCAGACACCUUCUCCGCUCACGCUCACUGACGGCACGACAUGAAGCCGAGUUUUUCCUUACCGUACUUACCGUACCUACCUACUUGACGGGCCGCCGCUUGGGGUUUUUGAUACUUCCAGCUGCUUUCGACUGUUCA